AUUUGACAAGGGCGUUCCAGGAGAUCUUGCAAGUUCGCGCAAAGUUGUAGACGAUAUCUUCAGAUUGAAAUGCUUCAUUUUGGGUUGACAGCAAGCUCGGAACACUGUAACGUUGGAUAUACGCAAUUCGUGGAAUAGAAACCGAUGCACGUGCUAAUAUAUGCGCACUGCUAACGAGGAUGGUGCUUCGAUGAUAUCACCAUAUGCGGACCAGAUAUCUGGCAUACAGUGAACUUCUUUAAUUACCUGGUUCGAUGCUAUGCUCCGACAUGCAACUCCCUCCCUUUCUUCCUCACUCUUUGCUUCAGACCCUCAUCAUGUCCGGUCGCAGCUUAUACCUAGGAGGUCUACCAGAUGCAGUCAAAGAGGACGAUAUACGCAGGCACUUGUCAAUCUAUGGCAAGAUUAAUACCAUUCACAUCUUUCCCGGAUACGGCUUUGUCGAGUUCGAGUCCGAAACAGAUGCAGUAGCAAGCUUAGCGAAUCAACUCUUCCUUGGAUAUGAGAUGUCAAUUCAACUCGCGAGACAUCGUCGGAAGACCGUCGGGUCUGACGAGAGAAAUACAACAAGAACUGAAGGUUCUCCGCCCGUGAGAGAGCGGAGUCGUACUACCAGCAGUCAUUCGUCAGAAUAUCAGGCUAGGACGCGAUAUCCCGUCACUGUCCAUAACCUCGACAGGCAGACAUGUUGGCAAGAGUUGAAGGACUUUGGUCGACUUGCUGGCGGUACCGUGGUUUUCUGUCAGGUGGAUAAGAUCAAUCGCGGAAGAGGCCUGAUUGAAUACCUCACUCAAGAAGAUGCUGAUCGCGCGGUGAAGGAACUGAACGGAAGGACACUCCACGACAGAGUCUUAAGUCUCUACAUUCACGCAACUCGCCGCCCAUAUGAUCACUUCCGACGUGCCUCUCCUGCACCAAUCCCUCCCAAGAAUUGUCAUCGUCGUCAACCUUAUCCACAGCCUCGUUCUCGUCAGAGCACAGUAGAUUCUGCUUACUCUCCUCGAGGACGCACUCUCACGAAUGAGCAGAACUUGUCGCCUGUCAAGCGCGUUGAGAACUACUCCCCCAAUCGUCCAACAGUAUAUCCUCCGAAAGAAGCUGUCAGAGUCGGUUCUGGAGAGUCGCUGUAUGACAGAAUCCAUUACCAGCAAGCCGAACGGCCUCAAGCAGCGGACGAUAGGUAUAGGGAUUAUGAUAGAAGGAACUACGGCUGAUCCGCGCUUUUGUUUUGUUUUGUUUUGCCGCUUUGCUGGUCGCUUUUGAGUCUGCUUUUGUCGUACGUUGAUCUCCGUUGCAUUGCUCUCCGUGUAGUUGUACGAUUAUUCAAACUUGUCCUCCUG